AUGGCGACGAUUUUGUCCGGCAACACGAACCCGCGCGGCAUCCCCCACGUCGCGUUCAUCGACUCCGUCGAGUCGACGCUCGCGGCGACGACGGACGGCACGGUGGAGACGCUCAUCGGCGCGUUCAACGAGCUGCACCAGAAGUUCAAGAUCCUCGAGGGCCACAAGGCGCGGACGAAGAUGUCGAUGAAGCAGAAGAUCCCGGAGAUCACCAAGACGCUCCAGCUCGUCGAGCACCUCAAGGCGAAGCACGAGGCCGAGGAGGACUUCAUGAGCCACUACUCGCUGAGCGAGAUGAUCUACGGCCGCGCGACGAUCACGCCGACCGGCAACGUCUGCCUCUGGCUCGGCGCGAACGUCAUGGUCGAGUACCCCUACGACGAGGCCCUCGACAUCCUCACGCUGUCGCUGAAGAACGCCAAGCUCCGCAAGGACAUCUGCGACGAGGACCUCGACAUGCUCCGCGACCAGAUCAUCACCGUCGAGGUCAACAUGGCCCGCGUCUUCAACUACGACGUCAAGCGGCGACGGGACGAGAAGAAGCCCGAGGCCGGCGCCAUCGAGGCCUAG